UGUCCGUUUAGGAGUGUUUUUUUAGCGAACCAAACACUCACAAGGUCACGAAUAGAGAAAGAGACCGGAUGAGAAGAAUGAAAAGGUGAGUGUUGAAAAGGCAAGAAAGAAAAACCUCCAAACCCGAAAACCAAACGAACGGAGAAAAGAAACAAAACCAAACGGAAGUACCGACGGGAACGGAGGAGCCUUUUCCCGGCUCCGUUCCUUCUCGAUUCACCUGAAAAUUAUAUCAUUAUCAUCUCAUUAACAAAAACAUUUGAAAAGAAUUCGACUAUCAAGCAGCCGCAUCAUCAUCAUCAUAUCCAUUGCUUCGCAAGAUCUGAACUCCAAGAUCCGUCUGCCAUGGAUUUCAUGAAAGUAAUCGAUCAGACUGUCCGCGAAAUAAAGCGAGAAGUUAAUCUCAAGGUUUUGAAGGUUCCUGAAAUCGAACAGAAGGUACUGGAUGCCACGAACGAUGAGCCAUGGGGGCCUCAUGGCACUGCGUUGCAAGAGAUUUCUCUGGCUACCAGGAAAUUCACUGAAUGCCAGAUGAUUAUGAAUGUGCUGUGGACGCGAUUGGGCGAGACGGGCAAAGAUUGGCGUCUUGUCUACAAGGCAUUGUCUGUCAUAGAGUAUCUGGUGGCACAUGGUUCAGAGCGCGCUGUGGAUGACAUUAUAGAGCACACUUUUCAGAUCUCCUCGCUUACAAGUUUUGAAUAUGUUGAGCCAAGCGGGAAGGACGUGGGGAUCAAUGUGAGGAAGAAGGCUGAAACUAUCGUAGGGCUUCUGAAUAACCAGGAGAAGAUACAGGAAGCAAGGAAUAAAGCUGCUGCCAAUCGUGACAAGUAUGUUGGUCUUUCGUCUUCUGGAAUCACUUCCAGGGCAAGUUCAGCCUCAUUUGGUAGUAGCAGCUAUAGUAGUAGUGAUCGAUAUGGGGGCUUCGGUGGUGGGAGAGAUACUGAUGGUUUCAAAGAUAGCUACAAAAAGACCGAUAAGGAUGCAUAUGUACCACGACGUGAUGCUGAUGUUAAAAGCAUAGAUUGUACCCUGGUGUAUUGCAUCUUGAUCUCUCAGUCUGACUUUUAUUUUCCCGGUUUGAAUUGCUUUCACUACAGCAAGGGCCAGCCUAAGUUUUCGCCUGAUGAAUCGAAAACUUCAGCAAACUUGAGAGAGACUAGUAAACCAAAUUCAAUUUCUAUUGAUGAUGACUUGGAUGAUGAUUUUGAUCCACGGGGAAAUUCGAGAAGUAAGUCGACUGCUGAAAUCUCUAGCCAGGUCGAUCUGUUUGGACAGAGUUUGGUGGGGGAUCUCUUGGAUGCACCUACAUCCGUUCCUGCAGAAACCUCUGUUAAGAACGGCAGUUCUGCAGAUGUUGAUCUGUUUGCUGAUGCAGAUUUUGUAUCAGCAGAACCUCAGGUCGACAAGGUACCAAGUCCUCAAGCACAGGUUGAUCUGUUUGCUUCUCAACCUGCCAUACCGGCUGCUGCUGCCGUUGCUCCAUCAGCAAUUGACUUUUUUUCUGCCGGCGAACCACCAGCUGUGCCAGAGUCCAAAAAGCCUGUGGAAUUCAAUGCUGCAACUACCAGUGUUGUAGACCCUUUUGCUGCACUCCCGAUAAACAGUUUCGAUGGAUCUGAUCUUUUUGGCGACUUCAGCUCUAGUACCACUUCAGGUACUACGGAACCUACUAAGAAUCCACCUACAAGUGAUGCUGGCACAAUUGAGAAUCCAGCACAGCUUCCACCAAAAAACCAGAAUUUUCAGGUGAAAUCUGGGAUCUGGGCUGAUUCGCUGAGCCGUGGGAUAAUCGAUCUCAACAUAUCUGCACCCAAGAAGAUAUCCCUGGUUGAUGUUGGAGUGAUGGGCGAUCUCGGUGGAGGACAAGAAGAAAAGGAGAAGUCGGCAGCAGCACCCCCAACAUUUUACAUGGGGAGGGCAAUGGGAUCAGGGUCUGGUCUCGGCAUGUCAGGGUUUACGACAGGACCUUCGUCUGGGUUUGCAUCUUCACAGCCACAGUCAACCCCUGCUGCCGGAACAGGAGCAGACCAAUUCUUCUCUAGCCUCGGCGGCAGUCAACAAUACCAGUUUGGCGCUUUCAAGUAAUCGCAUAAUGGGGUUCCUUUGAUGUUGCGCGGUUGAACUCCUAUGCUCAUGUCUCCAUUUGGCAAAAAGAUAAAAGUUUUUUUUAGGGCUGGAUAGUUUUGCUGUGUUGGCAAUUACAUCAGGAAAAGGGCAUUCAUGAUUUGGUGUUGUUUAAGGUCACGUUUGUCUCGAGUUUAUUUGAGUUUCUGUUAAAAGAGAGAUUUGUAAAACUUUAUUGAAACAUGCAAGGAUUCUGCAUCCAACUAUCAAUCAAUUUCGAAUAAACUGUGAGGCCUUCGUCGGUUGGUUCUUGAUCUACAGUACAAGUAGUGUCGUAACUUGCACUGGAUAUAGUUUGAAUCCCAAAACUCUCAGAGACAACAAGCCUUCAAUCAUACAACUGCAGAAUGCAGAUAGCUAGAGGCUUAGAAAUCCCUUCAGCCACAGUUUGUUUCUCCUAGUUAACACUUGCAUCAGAAAAAAGAAGAAAAAAAACUGCUGAUACCGUGGUGUGCCCAAACAGAAAAUGGUACAGCAAGUAUGGUAUUCCUUCAAAGCCAAGAUCAGAGCCAAGACUUUGUGUUCCAGCCAAGUUUUGAGGGCUGGAAAUCGUUGUUUGCUGACAGAGUAUGAUCGGUUAGCAAGAAUGGGGUUAUUACAAAGAUGAAGCGAGCAUGUCAGUUUAACGAAUCAGAAGGUGAUCAGCCUUCCCCUCACAAUUGCUGCUCCUUUCAUCACUUCUCUCACGGAUCCAAUUACGAAAACCUACGAGCAAGAAAAUAAUGCAGCUUAUGGUGACAAUAUCAAAAGCCAACUAGUGGAAAAGGUAACAAAGUUCUGCAAUGAUGAUAUAAUAUGUUUAGCUGCAGGGUUUUUUUACGCUAGAUCCAUUGCGAGACCCUAUGCCUCGGAAUGGUGGUUAGAAAAUCUCACC